AAGAAGACUCCUCCUACUCACCACUAUGGUCACGCCACUGACAUGCCUCUCGGAAUAGCACGGAAAUUUGUAAGUAAAUUUCCUCUCGUAUAUCGACAGAGUACAAAUCGGAGCUAUAGCAAAGAAGAUUAAAACCCACCUUUUAAGUCCUGGACUAAUUUGGUCGAUUGAUCGACAACUUUAUCGGUACUUCCAGAGGCUUUUGGCUUUGUCUGGCUAACGUAACGAGGUACAUUUUAGGGAUAGGAGUGGAAUUGUGUGGGCACACGGGAAGGAAGGAGGAUUCAUCCGAUUCGCCUCAACCUGGGCACUCUUCAUGCAUGUCAGGGGUACAUUCUCAAGGCUUCUGCUGCAGGCCAUAUACUGAUGGAAACACACUGCCGGAGGCACCAUAGGGGUGCUUUUGAGAAUGACCUAAAGACAAGUUAAAAAAACAUAAUCAAUCAGAGAACUAUUGAGGACUAGAACGUUCAAUACGUGUUGUGUUUUUCUUUUUUGUCCGAAGUGUGUUUGCUCAGUUAAAACAUUCUCAGAAAAACGAGGAGUAACCGAUUGGGGGUACCUGCCCGAACAAGUUAUUCCCACAGUGUUUAUUUUCUAAAGAAAUAACAGCCCUGUGAAAAAAAAGUAAUCACGAUGGCUGCGGAAGGAUAUCAGUACAGGGCACUUUACGACUACAAGAAGGAGAGAGAGGAGGACAUUAACCUCCAUGUGGGGGACAUCUUAACAGUGACCAAAGGGGCCCUGGGUGCCCUCGGGUACAGCGAUGGCCUGGAGGAAAGGCCCGAGGACAUUGGCUGGCUGCCUGGCUUUAAUGAAACCACUCAGGAAAAGGGGGACUUCCCUGGGACAUAUGUGGAGUUCAUUGGGAAGAAGAGGAUCUCUCCUCCCACUCCCAAGCCGAGACCCCUCAGACCCUUACCCGUGGCCCCGGGCUCUUCCAAGGCUGACUCUGGUGAUGAACAAGGCUCAGCCCUACUGGACCUGACGGAGCAGUUUUCCCUCCCGGAGACGGCUCCCCCCAUGCUGGCCAGGCUGCUGGAGGCCAUUGAGAAGAAAGGUCUGGACAAUCCAACUCUGUACAGGACCUUCACAGCCGGUGGUGGACUAGAUGUCAGACAGUGCUUUGACACUGAUCCUCCCUCAGCAGACCUGGACCAGAUGGACCUGCAGAUGUUGUGUGAUGGUCUGAGUCGGUACCUGCAGGACCUUCCCCAGCCUGUCAUCCUACCAGCCAUUUACACUCAGCUGGUCCACACCGCCCAAGAGGUGCAGAGCCCUGAGGAGUGUGCCCAGCAGCUGCGUCACAUCGCCAGCGCACCCAGCCUUCCGGCCCAGUACUGGCUCACCUUCCACUGCCUGCUGCGCCACUGGUCCCGGGUGUGUCACAAUGCACCCAAGAACCUGCUCAGCUCCCGCACGCUCGGUGAGAUCUUCAGCCCGAUGCUCUUCAGACAGCAGGCUGCCAGCUGUGAGUCCAGCCCAGAUGCUCACAUCAAGAUCAUCGAGACCCUUGUGACCAGCGAAUGGACAGAAGCCCAGGCUGCUCCAGCCCUACCUCCCAAGCCGCCCAAACCCACGGCCCCUGCUGUCACUAACAACGGUAUGAACAACAACAUGGCGCUGCAGGACGGCGAAUGGUACUGGGGAGACAUCUCCCGCGAGGAGGUCAACGAGAAGCUGAGGGACACGGCCGACGGUACGUUCUUGGUCCGUGAUGCCUCCACUAAGAUGCACGGCGACUACACGCUCACGUUGAGAAAAGGGGGUAACAAUAAGCUGAUCAAGAUAUUCCACCGGGAUGGGAAGUACGGCUUUUCGGACCCCCUGACCUUCAAUUCAGUGGUGGAGCUCAUCAACCACUACCGCAACGAGUCGCUGGCCCAAUACAACCCCAAGCUAGACGUCAAGCUGCAGUUCCCCGUCUCCAAACACCAGCAGGAUCAGGUGGUGAAGGAGGACAACAUCGAGGCUGUGGGGAAGAAGCUCCACGAGUACCACCAGCAGUACCAGGAGAAAAACCGAGAGUACGACCGCCUCUACGAGGAGUACACCAGGACGUCUCAGGAAAUCCAAAUGAAGAGGACAGCGAUCGAAGCCUUCAACGAAACCAUCAAGAUCUUCGAGGAGCAGUGCCAAACGCAAGAGCGGUACAGCAAAGAAUACAUUGAGAAGUUCAGGAGGGAAGGCAAUGACAAGGAGAUCCAGAGGAUCAUGGGCAACUAUGAGAAACUGAAGUCUCGUAUCAGUGAGAUCGUGGACAGUAAGCGGCGUCUGGAGGAGGAUCUGAAGAAGCAGGCCGCUGACUACCGAGAGAUCGACAAACGGAUGAACAGCAUCAAGCCCGACCUCAUCCAGCUCCGCAAAACCAGGGACCAGUAUCUCAUGUGGUUGACCCAGAAGGGUGUCAGGCAGAAGAAGCUCAACGAGUGGCUGGAAAUCAAGAACGAGAACACAGAAGAUCAAUACUCUAUGGUGGAUGACGAUGAGGACCUCCCCCACCACGACGAGCGCUCCUGGAAGCUGGGCAACAUCAACCGGCUGCAGGCUGAGGCACUCCUCCGGGGGAAGAGAGACGGAACAUUCCUGGUCCGAGACAGCAGCAAGGCAGGAUGCUACGCCUGCAGUGUUGUUGUGGAAGGUGAGGUGAAGCACUGUGUCAUCAACAAGACGCCCUCAGGUUUUGGCUUCGCCGAACCUUACAACCUGUACAACUCGCUCAAAGAACUGGUCCUCCACUAUCAGCACACGUCACUGGUCCAGCACAAUGACUCUCUGAAUGUUACGCUAGCGCACCCCGUCUACGCACAGCAGAAGCGGUGAGGACCCUCCUGGCCAUUCAGUUGGGCAAAAACAUGAGAGACUUGUUUUCCUAAAAAUGUAUAUUUAUAUAUUGUGCUCGGACUUUGGACACAAAGAUAAAAAAUAAAAACUAGGCCCGUGUCUUGCCUACUAACAGACUUUUGACUCACGAGAGAGGAAAGGACUAAAGAGACUAACGCAAAGCGAAGCCUGAAAACAUUUCAGUGACUGAACUGACUGUGAGCCGUGGCGAGAGCCUGAAUGUAGUUUUGUCUCUUGUGCGUAUUGUGGGAGCACAGAGUCGAGGUGAAACUGCUGAACUCUCCCCAGCGGAGGACAUUGGAGGCCUUUUCCUAAUGGUGCUUGUUCUUUUCAAAGCUUUACCAGCUGGAAUGUCAAAACGCAGAUAAAACUUGAGUGCAUAAUUUUUCUUUUUCCCCUUCUUGCAUUUUUACUUUCAAGUCUAUCUCCCUGCGGGUGUCUGUGUGUGAGUGUGUGUCCAUGUGACAAACUCACAGUAUCUGAAAGCUGUUGGGGGUGUCUAACACACGUGUAAGUGUUCAGUGGCAGACCAUGGAUCAGCUGAUAAAUGUAGCAAAAUGGCACUUUUGACAAAGUAUAAUCGUUUUCUUGAAAAGACUCCUAUGGACUUACAGUGCAGAGACUCUAAACUGUUCUCUACUGUGGAUGAGUGAAAAUAUGAACAGACUUGAAAUGGAGAUACUUCAUUAUGUAUAUAUACAGAGGGGAACGUCAGUACACAGCAAACCUACCGCACCAUACCAAAAAAAAAGCUCAGUUACUGUUCAGUUAUGUCCUAAUCUGCUAUGCAAUUAUGUGUCUCCCUUAUUUCUACAAAGUUGUUUUUAUGCUGUUGCAAACCCAUAAUAUAAGCUUGUUUUUCAUGCUUGAGAAAGUGUAUUUCCCAUGUAAAUAUCCAAGAGGAUAUUUUGUGUCAAAAUGCCACGAUAAAAACUGCUUCCGAUUUUUAAGAAAGUAAAUAAUAGUAACAUAUACUUUAUUACAAAUGACUUUAUCAGCAACGGAUAUAAAGAUGGUGAAAGAUGAGUAUUUUAUUAGUACUUUGUUUUGCUUCAAACUGAUGUUCUCAGGCAGAGCCUUUUUGAGUAUUUGACAGUUGCUUCAGUCACAAGAAAUAUUUCUAACAUAGCCACGUGUUUUUAGGUCUUUGUCGAAACAACGGUAGCAUCCCAUGUGGCACCCUAUUCCUUAUAGUAUACAUGGAAUAGGGUGCCAUUUUAGAAUGAUGGGAAUAUUUGUUGAUUACUGCAAUCAUAAUGGUGCAUGUUGUACUCACCUUUUCAACCAGCUCCAUGGAAACAACAGUAUAGAUUUAUUUUGUUAUAUAACCUUUCCCCAAGGAAAUCACAGCAAAUCGGUGUCUUGAAAUGAUGGAAAUUGUUAUUAAAAAGAUCAAUUGGGAGACAUUUUUAUCUUCCCCUAUGCAUUGUCCACAUUGUAUUUUUUCUGUAUCAGAAAAUCUUUUGAGUUGUUUACGUAGGUGGGUCAACUCAUUUCAAAUAGUCCGUGAUUACUUAUUCUCAUACGACAUUGUGUACCAAGUGGUUCUGUUACUUGGAGAAAGUACCCACAUUUAGCUGCCAACCCACUAGUAAACAUUGGUGUCACCGCUGCACAUUUCCCAAAACAAUUUUUCCACCCUGACUUUUUUCCAAGAUGUAAAUGUCCAUGACUCUAAAUUAGUGUUAAUCUAUACUACACCGUCAGCAUGUAUGGAUUUUUCAUUAGAAAAUAUUGAUUAACUUUGAAUUAGACUAUCAUCCAAGCCCAGUCAAUUCAAAAAUUAAAUCAAAUGAUUUUAGUUUGGUGACAUUUUUGUUCAGAAGUAGGCCUACUCACCUGAAAGUAAUUUGUUUAAAUCUACACUGGCUGGCAUUGUUGGCAAAUGUAACCCUCUACAUCAUCUAUCCCUAUUAGAAACAUGAAAUAAAUGUGUAGUGUGAGGAUUAACCUAUUAAAUUGUAUUUUUAAUUCCCCCUUUUGACAUAAAUGGCUAGUGAGACGUUUCAAUCUGGCACCACUAUUAUACCUGUACCGUAUAUCUGCAGGGAGUAAAUUUCCACAAAUCUCAUGGUAUACUUAAAGGUUGAAGAGAAAGAGAGGCAUUAGAUAUGUUUCAUUCGGGGGAAAGAAGUGUUGCCAAUGUUGGAUAAACUUAAUUUUUCCUUCUCUGGGUGGAAUAGUAUGCAUGUGUUAAACAGGGCGACGGGAGCGGUGCCUUUUGGUGUGGGUUCUGUUUACAAUGCAUUUUUCCCCCCCCCUAACAUGUAUGACCCCAUUACCUUUUGUGAGCCUCCCUGGGAGGCGUAAACAAACUUAACGCACAAAAUAGUCAGUGCAAUGUGUACGAGAUGUGUUCACGCUGUAACAGUUUUGCGUCAGUGUAUGACCAAAAUGAUCAUGUGGAAUUUAUUUUUACACAUUAAGAUGAAUCGUUUUCUCGCACAUCUGACGUUAACUGUUUCUCUUUUGCUUUGCUCACAUUGGUACACUCAAGGCCAAUAACUUUUGAACCAGCUAAAACAAAGCAAGUUUGGAUUCAAACUACUAUGCCACCUCUGGGACAAAUAACUAUUGUACUACAGUAUACCUUUAUACCUUUUCAAGUUUGUUGUAUAAAUGUAGUUUGAUCCCAGGCUGUUCUUGUUUUACAUUUGUCCAAAAUGUCGUCUUGUUCUACACUCUGUUCUUUGGAAAAACCUGCACCAUUUUGAGGGUUAGACUUUUCUUUUUUCCCUCAGUUGACACAUUCACCUGUGAGGUGAUUGUUACAGAAAUGUUGAUUGCAAUUUACCAAUAUUCCCCAGUUUUGCUUCAAUCGUGUAUUGGGCUUUGUUUAAAGAAAAUAAACAUUUGUUUAAAAAAAGUGAAA